AUGUUGCAGCAGGCUGUCUCGUACGUUAUUUCAGGAUUGGCGAAACUAGGCGACAUUGACGCGAGUAAUGUUGAAACGUCUCUUAUGAGGCGGACAUUGCGCAUUCAGGAUAUGACACUUAGGCAAGACACGCUGAACGCUUUUCUCCCCUUUCCUAUACACUCGGGACGCGUCAGCGACCUGCGGGUGGAACUCCCGUGGCCCACCUCCAAGGACGCACUGUUUGUAUCCUCCCAGGGCAUUACUCUCACACUAAAGGGUGACGUCCCUAAAUUUAACACUAAUGCAAUGACCAGGGAGGAGAUACGAGGUGGGAUCACAGAGGAAAGCAUUUUUGGCGCCAAGGAGGCGUCUCCAGCUUCAACCAAUUCUUAUGAAGAGGAGGGUGGUGAUGCGUUGGAGAAUUCGGGUGAAUACGCUGGGGAACAAGAGCCCUCGGCGGCGGCGUUGUCAGAGGAUGAUGAUUACAUGUCUUGUCGGAGCGUUAGUAAUGCCUCAUUUGCGUCUUGCGAGUCGCAGGAGGAUGUGGCUUCUCUUCCAGAGAAUGGAUUUGGAUUAUUUUCUUUUUUUGUUAACGCCGCCGGUCGUUCCGUGUCGUGGGUAAUGAAUCGACCGAUUCAUCUGCAGUUAAGGAACACCUCUGUGAUGUUGUUGUGUGAUUCACAGUCGGAGGUGGGCUUUGAGGUUGCGGCGAGGGAGAUCGUGGUGCAGAUCGAACCUGCCUCGGAGGCCGGCGCAGAGAUUAUGAAGGUGGUUGUUAUCAACUUCGCGGGUGUUGCCGUGUAUGCGCACGCCACCAAGGAGCAAAAGCAAAAGAUUGUGGGAAUGGAUCAUUUUAGUAUACGCGUCACCUCUGUGUAUAGUUCCAUGGGUGUGCUCCGUCGCAAGAAUAUCGCCGUCAUCGUUGACGGCGUCACCUCGGUGUCCCUAGAUGAAGACGCACUGCAGGCUCUUACAAGCUGCGCCGUGAGUCAUCGACUCAUGACGGAGGUCCCUGACUACUGCCGUCCGUUUCGUGGGCUUCUUCAACUGCCUUCGCGUUGGCCCUACGCCAAAAGUUGCGUCUUAGCCUUCAUACGGGAUAGACGGCGACGGUACAAUUUUAAUGCCUCGCACCUUCACUUCUACGCGGAGGCCCGCACCUCCUAUCUAGCGCUUCUGGAUUACUGUCAUCGCACCAGGGACAUAGCAGAAAAGAAGGAAAGUUUGGCCGAAGUAGAAGAGGAUCUUCGCUACCGUGAUGUAGUUCUUUUCUUGAGGCGCAGAGUCCAGGAAAGGUACUCUGCCGCCGCACGCAGCAGCAACGCAGGAGUGCAGGCAUCAAUGCCAGCGCGGCCUGCAGAAGCUGGUGGGCCGGUUAUACUUUCUUCUUUCCAUGUGGAGGCGAAAAUCACGUGUGUGCGUGCGCCUGCUAAAACAACAGUGUGGCUGCGCGAUGUGGCUUUUGUGAACCGCCGCGGGGAGUCCAAUUUUACAGUUGGAGGUGUUACUGUGGUUGCGGAGGGGAAGUCUCAACAACUGCAGGCGUCUGAUGCCGGGCAGCCUUUUUUCUCUUUCCAGCGAACGGAGAGCAACGGCACGGCUUUUUUUAGAACCCAAUUCGAAGACUGGCGUUUUACGGCCACGUCGACGUGGAUUCUGCAGGCUGUGCAGCCCUUUCUGGUCGCUGCGCCGGACCUUCUGCUGACCGUGCCGCGCACAUGUGGCGGUGCCCCGGAACCAACGUCUCAUGAGCGGCGUGAGUGCACUACGAGUUUUAUUUUUCCACUGGUGCAGCUUGCUGUGGACGGCUUACAGCUGCACCUGGAGCGGUUGUCCCUGGUGUUUAUUGAGCAAAAAUCCGGUGGGUCACGUGUUGCUUUUUUGACUGAAGGAGUUGCACGUGCGUUUUGGAGAGGAAACAGUCGUGCUGUCACCCAUGAAGCUGGAAAUGACGCAAGAAGAUGA